UCAGUUCGAUUCUGGCGAUCGAAGUCUUCACAAGUGACGCGGAAAGAUCAAGAAUGCAGUGCUCUUAUAUACUGGCAAUCUGUGCCAGCUUGCUGCUCCUGAAACUGGAGCUAGGUCAUGGAAAUCCCCAGAAAUCGGAAACUGACCUCAUCUUCCGCUCACAGCGAUCAGCAGCGACUUCCGUUUCCGCAGGACCGAGUCAGGAACUUAUAAAAGCGGCCAGGGAAGUGGAUUUGGAUGAAGUUGGCUUGCGGGAAUUGUGGAACAGCAGGCAGCCGCUGGUUAUCAGAAACCAAAACGACGCUGGACAUGUCACCACUGUGACCUAUGAGCUAAGUCCGGAUGGCAGAGGGAUUGCAAGGCACAGGGUAGUUGAGAGCACACUGCCUGCUAGGCUGGAGGAUAAUUCCGCCUCCAAGCCCCGGGAAGAGUGGGAGUAUGUGCCGCGUCCAGGGCAUCAGCUCCGUCCCAUUGGAGAAUCUAGUUUCGGGACUGGUAAUUUUGAAACUAAUGGAUUUGGCACGGGUUUCCCGAGGCCUGCAUUGUUCCCGAACUGGGAGUGGGAGCUGCCAUCGGGAGUGACUCCGAAAGUUACAACUAGGACGGAAACGGAUAACUUGGGACGAAAGGUGACCAUCACAACGAGAUCUUACAGCGGCACUCUGCUCCCAGGAAGCAAUGUGUUCAAGCAGACAUUCCCCGACAUCUCAGAAGAGCCUGGUCCAAUCCACACAGACUCCAAUCCGAACACUGCAUCCUUCACCCCAUCUCGCACUGCACCUACUGAGUCCAACUCUGUACAUCGUUCGGGAACGAUGUACCCAAGUCAGGGAGCCCCCGUCUUUGUGCCAGUGAUUGACUCAACCCCCACCACCCAGCGGACUUCUGUGCCCCUGCCCACCCUGGCAGGAGGAGCAGCAGGAGCCGGCGGAUCGGACCAGGUCAUUGAUGAUUUCUUGAACCAAGUGGAUCUGAGUGCCUCGGAGAUCGAGAACUCGAAUGGAGAAGUGGUCAAGACGAUUGUGGAUAAGAACGGUAGAAUCCUAACCGCCCGAUUUGUUCUAAGCUCCGUCAAAGGAACUCAGGAAGGUCCGCAGCAGCAAAAGCCGACCAAGUAAAUAGCUCGUUUUAAAUAAUAUUAAUUUUAUAUAGACAAUUUCGCGUUAUUUUGUAAACAAUGCUUAUAAACCCAGAGCGCAGUUAAAUAAAUGAGCUUAUCAGCCGGGGCAAACCCAGAAAAUAUAA